AUGAAUAACGAUCGAAUUGCGAUGCAAAUGUUGGCGAUGGCAGAGGUUCUGAGAACCCAGAGUCCACCAAAGUUGAAAAUGGCGAUGAAAUGUGCACGCGGAGCAUUGAAACUCAAUUUAUCGAAGGAAACCGAAGCGCAUUGUCAUUUACAAAUGGGAAAAAUGCUAUUCUUUUAUACGGAUCAUUUCGAAGCUGCGAGAGAUCAUUUGAAGUUAGCAUACGAUAUGUUAUUGAUAAUGGGAGAUUUUUAUUUGCUUCGUCGACUUGAAGCACUUUGCUUGAUUUGUGAAUUGUAUAUUCAUUCUCGUCGUUGGUGUGUAACUGAUAUCGAAAAUCUUAUUCGAAAAGAAAUGCCAAUUGCGAAAACCUAUCCACAUUUCUAUUUCAAACUCUUGUUUUAUUUCAUCGAAGCGACUUAUUUGGUUGAUGAUAUGGGAGCUGCUUUAGAUGCGUGUACUGUUGGAUUACAAAUGGUUGAUGCAAAUAAUAAACAAAUGGAAUUAUAUUUGAGGAUCACUAAAGCUUUGAUAACUUUCCAAUUAGCUCGAGAAGAACCAGAUCCUGCUGAUUUAUUGAGAAUUGGUGCAAUGAUUAAAGAAAUGGAACACGAUCCAUCAAUGUCUUUUCAUUUGAAAAAUGUUAAGGGAUUCUUUAUGUGCACAAAAUUAGCAUUUAUGAUUUCCCAAGGACAAUCACGCACUUCUCGAACUCUCCUCCGACAAAUUCAACAAGAAGUUUCGUCGCAAAAAGAUCAAAUCGCAAUGCCUGGAAUGAGAUGGAUGGAUGAAAAAGCAAUGACUGUGUUUGCAUGUGUUAUGAAUGUUGUUGGAGCAAAUGUUCAAGGUGGAUAUGAGCGAGCUUUGAAAUAUCAUAAUAUUGCGAUCAAACAUGCGGAUGAUGUUUUGAACAAAAGUACAAAUACACCGCAAGAAUUCGGUGUUGUUAGAUGUGUUUCGCAAAUGAAGAUGGUCUCGUUGGAAAUGAUGUCGUUGAUGAAUGUGAUGGCGUGUAGACCGAAUUUGGCGCUCAAUAAUGUGAGUAAAUAUGACGUGGCAAAAUUCAUUUCUUUUUUAAAUAGAACAAUCUGAAUUAUUCCAGCUUCAAGAAAUGCUCUACUUCUCCUCAAAACUUGGUUGCUCAUAUGUCUACGAAGAAUAUGCGCCUCAAAUUCACUAUGUUCUUGUAAGUCUCAAUUCUCUCCCCUGGGGGAUUUUUGCUAAACAAUCAGCAAAAAAAACCUCUCAUUUUUUUCUAGGCUAUGCAAAGUCUCUACCUAAACCGCACCGAUAUUGCGCUAACCCAUCUCACCGAAGCCCUCAAAACUUUCCCGCAAAAAAUCCGCAACACCGAUCCGAUCGCCCUCCUUCGCAUCAAUUUAGGAAUGACAUAUUUGAAUCAAAUGAACAUGGGAGCAUAUUAUGAUAUUUCGGAAGAAUUGUCGCCGGCGAAAAUUGCGAAAUGUUCACCAAUGGUGCAAAAUUGUCAUAAAGCGAUGGUUUCGUUUUUCGAUUUUUUGAAUAAUCGAACUGGGCCGAGUAAACAAUUAGCACAGGAUGGAUUGCAGGCGGCAAAAGCUGAGGACUUUUUCCGACUUCAUAGUUUGUUUAUGAUGAUGUUGACGAAUUUGAUGCCCGUUGAUGAAUCGAUUGUUAAACCGACUGUUGAUUUCAGUAAAAGAUCAAGUGAUCAUGCAUUUGCACUUUGGGGACAUACGGUGUAUAAAAGUGAGUUGGCAAUUCAAAUUUUUAUUAAAUUUGCCUUAGUUUAGUAGAAAAGUUUUAAUUAUUUGGCGAAAAUCUGAAAUAAUCCCAAAAAUUAUUGAUUUUUCAAACAUUUUGACUUCGGGAACAUUAAAAAAUGGAAAUAAUUCGGACUUUUCGUCCUAAAUUUGAAAAUUUCCAAAAACAAUCUGAAAACAUCUAAUUCUUUCAAAAGAAAUGAGCGAUUUAUGAAAAAUCUUCAAAAUUCACAUAAAAACUUCGAAAACUCACCCUAAAUUCUCUCAUUUUUCCAGGAAUCCUCGAUAACGCUGGAGGUGAUUCCAGCGAAUGCGCUCAAGAAAUCCAGCGAAGCAUGGAAUCCUUGAACACUGACAAUUUGAUAAAUCUUCUCAGACAAUCGCCAGCAUUCAAUUUGCUUCAAUGGUUCAAUGGAUCACCAUUUGAUUAUUUGCCAAAAGAAGACACACUUUUAAUUUGA